AUGGACCUCAAACACCCCGCCGACCCCAAAGCCGUUGACCUCCCCAAAUCCUACUCCGACCUCCCCUUCCAACAACUCCGCAUCUUCAACGUCCCCGAGUCCGCCAAAGAAGUCACCCCGGUGGUCGUCGUCCAGCUCUACCGCCCGAACAACUACAAUGCCUUCACCGACACCCUCAUGCGCGAGCUCGAGACCGCGUUCGAGAUGUUCGACAUCGACGGACGCGUAAAAGUCGUCGUCCUGUCUGGCUACGGUAAGAUGUUCUGCGCCGGAGCGGACUUGGACAUUGGGUUUUCGAAGGGCUUGCAGCAUACGAAGGACAAUAGGGAUGGUGGGGGAAGGGUGUCGCUGGCGAUUCAUCGGUGCAGAAAGCCUACUAUUGCGGCCAUUCAUGGGGCGGCCGUGGGAGUGGGGAUCACGAUGACGCUGCCGUGUACGAUUCGGGUGGCGUGGGAGAACGCGAAGAUCGGGUUUGUGUUUGCGAGAAGGGGGCUUGUUAUGGAGGCUUGUAGCAGCUUCUUCUUGCCGAAGUUGCUCGGCAUGAGUAAAGCCCUGCAUCUCUGCACCACCGGCUCGGUCUACCAAGCAAACAACAAGUUGCUCGACGGCCUGUUCUCCGAACUGCUGCCGUCGCCCGAGGCGGUGCUCCCACGAGCCCUGGAGCUGGCCGACGAGAUCGCCAAUAACACCAGCACCGUAUCGACGAACCUGAUGCGCGAGCUCAUGUACCGGGGCCCCGGCUCUGCAGAGGAGGCUCAUCUGCUGGACAGCGAAGUGAUCGCCGGCCUCUUUGGUGGCCCAGACAACUCAGAGGGCGUCAAGUCGUUCAAGGAGAAGCGGCCUGCCAAAUUCACGGCGAAUAUGCUUGACAAUGCACCGCAAGCGUAUCCGUGGUGGCACGCUACCAGCACGGCCUCGAGACCGCAUCCGAAGGGUAAGAAUCCCAAGCCGAGAUUAUAG